AUGAAAUUUUCCGCAAUCCCUCCAGCUGGAGGACCCUACAAGCAGCAGAAAUACUUCAGACGUAGCCUCUUGAGUUCACAUUGCUUAUCUGGUCGGCACUGCCACCGGUUCCCCUUCCGUGAACUAAUUUAUGCUUUGUCCAAACAGGAAAAACCGCUUGCCACAGGCCUAUUGUUUGGCUCUGACUCGUCGCAUCGCGAAUCGGGCUGCAUACAUCAAGAUCACGCAAGAUAA